AUGAUAUUCUCAUUAAAUGAAUUAGUCCAUUGGUUAGGAUUAACAAUAUUUGAAAUAUGGAUAAAUCUUUUAUCGGUGACAAUAUUUACAAUAUUACUAGCUCUGAAAUUAGACGAGCAUUAUUUUUUGGGUUACUCAGGCUGGUGGAUAGUAUUUUCCCCAUUAUUUAUAGCUGAUGGACUAAAUACAUAUUUUUGUGCUAUAAUAUUUAUAAGAAUGCACAUGGAAGGUAUGAUUAAAACCGGAAUAUUACGUGCGUUGUGGAGUUUAGUAUCACUAUUAUUGAUAUUUGUAUUUAAAUAUUUAUUGUGCAAAAAAUUAUCUGGUCAAAGUAGUCUUGAAUAUUCAGAAGUAUUGAGUCCGGUAUUUAUUCUGCUUCAAUUGGUCGCGGUAAGGGCUUGUCAACUUCAUUGACCAACGUAUCGUAGUCAAGAAAAUAUCCAGGCAUCGAUUGUCGUAUUUUCUUGCGGUCCAGCGGCUACUUAUUUUGACGUUGAGUUUAGAUAACAUACAAUUCAUCAUAUAUUUUAAAUAUUUUUAAUAAUAACUGUACAAAUACUUCCUUUUAUUAUGUACAUCGACAGUUUAAUCAACAUUUUUUUUUUAUUUUUCGUUCUUUUGUAAAUAUAUAAUGCUAAGAUAUUUGUAUACUGUAAAUUUAAUAAUAAUACUAUUAUUAUUAGUAAAUAAAUGAAUAAUUUUUCUAUUUAUU